GCUCCCUUCCCCCCGCCUGUGGCCUCGGGGAGCGAGCAGGAGGCAGUCCAGGCGGAGCGGGAGGAGCUGGCAGCGGGGCGCAUGCCAGGCAGGGGUCCUCAGGGCGCCCCAGCCGCCGGCGGCGGCGGCGGCGUGAGCCACCGCGCAGGCAGCUGGGAUUGCUUACCACCUGCAGCGUGCUUUCGGAGGCGGCGGCUGGCACGGAGGCCGGGCUACAUGAGAAGCUCGACAGGGCCUGGGAUCGGGUUCCUUUCCCCAGCAGUGGGCACACUGUUUCGGGUCCCAGGAGGGGUGUCUGGCGAGGAGUCCCACCACUCGGAGUCCAGGGCCAGACAGUGUGGCCUUGACUUGAGAGGCCUCUUGGUCCAGAGCCCUGUUUCCAAGAGCGCAGCAGCCCCUGCUGUGACCUCUGUGAGAGGAACCUCCGCACACUUUGGGAUUCAGCUCAGAGGUGGCAUCAGAUUGCCCGACAGGCUUAGCAGGCUGUGUGGCCCUGGGAAUGCUGGGUGGCAGCAAGAGUGUGCAGCCAUGGACAGUUCUGAGACCCUGGACGCCAGCUGGGAGGCAGCCUGCAGCGAUGGAGCAAGGCAUGUCCGGGCAGCAGGCUCUCUGCCAUCAGCAGAGUUGAGUAGCAGUAGCUGCAGCCCUGACUGUGGCCCUGAGGCCACUCCAACCCCUCCUGGCUCUCACAGUGCCUUUACCUCAAGCUUUAGUUUUAUUCGGCUCUCGCUUGGCUCUGCUGGGGAACGUGGAGAAGCAGAAGGCUGCCCACCAUCCAGAGAGGCCGAGUCCCCUUGCCAGAGCCCCCAGGAGAUGGGAGCCAAAGCUGCCAGCUUGGAUGGGCCUCACGAGGACCCUCGAUGUCUCUCUCGGCCCUUCAGUCUCUUGGCCACACGGGUCUCGGCGGACUCAGCCCAGGCCGCAGGGAACAGCCCCAGGCCAGAGCAUGACAUGCAUUCUUUACCCGACAUGGACCCUGGCUCCUCCAGUUCUCUGGAUCCCUCAUUGGCUGGCUGUGGUGGUGAUGGGAGCAGCGGCUCGGGGGAUGCCCACUCUUGGGACACCCUGCUCAGGAAAUGGGAGCCAGUGCUGCGGGACUGCCUGCUGAGAAACCGGAGGCAGAUGGAGGUAAUAUCCUUAAGAUUAAAACUUCAGAAACUUCAAGAAGAUGCAGUUGAGAAUGAUGAUUAUGAUAAAGUAGAGACGGGGUUUCACUAUGUUGGUCAAGCUGGUCUUGAACUCCUGAGCUCAAGCAAUCCACCUGCUUUGGCCUCCCAAAGUGCUGGGAUUACAGCUGAAACGUUACAACAAAGAUUAGAAGACCUGGAACAAGAGAAAAUCAGCCUGCACUUUCAACUUCCUUCAAGGCAGCCAGCUCUUAGCAGUUUCCUGGGUCACCUGGCGGCACAAGUCCAGGCUGCCUUGCGCCGUGGGGCCACUCAGCAGGCCAGCGGAGAUGACACCCACACCCCACUGAGAAUGGAGCUGAGGCUGUUGGAACCCACUGCUCAGGACAGCUUGCACGUGUCCAUCACGAGACGAGACUGGCUUCUUCAGGAAAAGCAGCAGCUACAGAAAGAAAUCGAAGCUCUCCAAGUAAGGAUGUCUGUGCUGGAAGCCAAAGAUCAACAGCUGAGACGGGAAAUAGAGGAGCAAGAGCAGCAACUCCAGUGGCAGGGCUGCGACCUGACCCCACUGGUGGGCCAGCUGUCCCUGGGUCAGCUGCAGGAGGUCAGCAAGGCCUUGCAGGACACCCUGGCCUCAGCCGGUCAGAUUCCCUUCCAUGCAGAGCCACCGGAAACCAUAAGGAGCCUCCAGGAAAGAAUAAAAUCCCUCAACUUGUCACUUAAAGAAAUCACUACUAAGGUGUGUAUGAGUGAGAAAUUCUGCAGCACCCUGAGGAAGAAAGUUAACGAUAUUGAAACCCAACUACCAGCCUUGCUUGAGGCCAAAAUGCAUGCCAUAUCAGGAAACCAUUUCUGUACAGCUAAAGACCUCACCGAGGAGAUUAGAUCAUUAACAUCAGAGAGAGAAGGGCUGGAGGGACUCCUCAGCAAGCUGCUGGUGUUGAGUUCCAGGAAUGUCAAAAAGCUGGGAAGUCUUAAAGAAGAUUACGACAGACUGAGGAGAGAAGUGGAGCACCAGGAGACUGCCUAUGAAACAAGUGUGAAGGAAAAUACUAUGAAGUACAUGGAAACACUGAAGAAUAAACUGUGCAGCUGCAAGUGUCCACUGCUUGGGAAAGUGUGGGAAGCUGACUUGGAAGCUUGUCGAUUGCUUAUCCAGAGCCUACAACUCCAGGAAGCCAGGGGAAGCCUGUCUGUAGAAGAUGAGAGGCAGAUGGAUGACUUAGAGGGAGCUGUCUCUAUAGCUACUCCUCCUAAUCCCCCCAGGCUCCACUCCGAGGAUAAAAGGAAGACCCCUUUGCAGGCAUUGGAAGAAUGGAAGGCUCACCUCAUCCCCUCUCUGCAUUGUGCUGGAGGUGAACAGAAAGAGGAAUCUUACAUCCUUUCUGCAGAACUUGGAGAAAAGUGUGAAGACAUAGGCAAGAAGCUAUUGUACUUGGAAGAUCAACUUCACACAGCAAUCCACAGUCACGAUGAAGAUCUCAUUCAGUCUCUCAAGAGGGAGCUCCAGAUGGUGAAGGAAACUCUGCAGGCCAUGAUCCUGCAGCUCCAGCCAGCAAAGGAGGCGGGGGAAAGAGAAGCUGCAGCUUCCUGCAUGACAGCUGGUGUCCGGGAAGCACAAGCCUGAGGAGUGACGGGAUGGGGGAGGGAGGUGGGCCACCAUGUUUGGACCUGGGGGGGUGCUCUCCCCUCUCCCUGCAUAACUAAGGUGCCUGAAUCAAUUACGGAGAUACAGAGGCUUGAGGUCUUUCAGUGGAAAGGUGGUUCAUGUUCAUUCUCAUGAGUCUGAAACUGAGGAGUCUGCAAAUUGGAAUAUGGAGAGAGAGACUGAUUUGCUGAAUUUCCUUCUAAAUGUCACUCAAAAAUUUCUUUUCCAUGUCAUUCUUGGGAAUGUCUUGCACAGGAUUUGAGAAUAGUUUCAUCUCAGCCCCCAUUAGAGAGAAGUUGGGGUGAAUUCUGGAAAAAUUCUUUUUCCUGCGCCAUUUGCCUUCUGCUGCAACUAAAAUAUUUCCUGAUUCAAGAUUCUAUAAAAAGGAAACCAAGCAUAAGACUCUGUCAUCAUACCUGUUACACAUUCCUACAGGUGCACGAUCUAAGAGAGCUAAUUAACCUCAGAGUCUGGAGUUAACAGCUUUUCACCUUACUUCUCCUGUGAUCUAAUAUUAUCUUAGAAAAAUUAAUAUGCAAUUUCCAAAAGAUAUUUUGGUAAGACAACAGCCUCUCAGUGAUAUGCCACCUUUCAAUUUUCCUUUUGUGGCAAUGAUUGCCAUCUGAAGAAAGGAUCCCUGAGAGUCUCUGUUUCAUGAGGACAUUCUGAAAUUUACCCACAAUGAGGCUGUGGAUGGAUCAGGGGACCUGUAUAAAAUGUUUGAGCCUAUUCCAUUUUCCCGUGGAACCUGUUUCACUCAAUGCCAGGCAGUGCAGCAUUUAGGAAAGCAGUGCAGUACUCAGUAAGGCAGUACUCAGUAAGGCAGUGCAGUACUCAGUAACAAUACAGUACUCAGGCAGUGCAGUACUCAGGCAGUGCAGUACUCAGUAAGGCAGUGCAAUAUUCAGUAACAGUGUAGUACUCAGUAACACAGUGAAGUACUCAGUAAUACAGUACAGUAUUCAGUAAGGCACUGAAGUACUCAGUAAUACAAUACAGUACUCAGUUAGGCAGUGCAGUACUCAGGGAGUGCAGUACUCAGUAAGGCAGUGCAGUACUCAGGAAUGCAGCACAGUACUUAGUAAGGCAGUGCAAUACUCAGUAACAGUGCAGUACUCAGUAAUACAGUACAGUACUCAGUAAGGUAGUGCAGUACUCAAUAAGACAGUGCAAUACUCAGUAACACAAUGCAGUACUCAGUAACACAGUGCAGUACUCAGUAAUACAGUAUAGUACUCAGGCAGUGCAGUACUCAGUAAGGCAGUGCAAUACUCAGUAACACAAUGCAGUACUCAGUAACACAGUGCAGUACUCGGUAAUACAGUAUAGUACUCAGCAAGGCAGUACAGUACUCAGUAAGGCAGUGCAAUACUCAGUAACACAGUGCAGUGCUCAAUAAGGCAGUGCAGUGCUCAGUAAGGCAAUGGAGUGCUCAGUAACACAGUGUAGUACUCAGUAGGACAGCACAGUACUCAGUAACAUGGGGCAGUUAGUACUCAGUACUAUAAGUACUGAGUACUUAUAUAGGCAAUGUAGUACUCAGUUAAUCAGUGCAGUACUCAGUAAUGCAACGGUAUUUCAGGCUCCUGCUGGGCUGCUUCUUUGGCCCAGCUGGGACUCCUAUUGAGACGGCUGCAAAACAGGCUGAUUUCAGUUAGGCAGCACUUCCCAAAGUGCACUGAGGAAGGUGGCCCCAAGAGAUGCUCUCUAAACAAAGGAGUGCCCUCUCCGGUCAGGUACCUUUGGUAAAUACACCAUACCAUAAUAUCUACUUGGAGAACCACAAUGCACAUUAGAAUAUUAGUCUGAGAGAGAACUUAUAGUAAGGAAACUCACUUGAUUUUAUCUAACCUCAAACUUCCCAAGUUUAACGGAUCGUGAAUUUUUUUCAUGUAACUCCUAUUCAUAUCCCAUAGAUCUAGUAUUGUACAGCACUGCAUUCUCUGAGGAAGUCCCAGUCCAAAUGCUGAUUUACAUCACUUUGGAAACCACACUCACACUUUUGCAGUGUUGAGCUUAAUAACUACCUGCCACAGAUUGGUAAAUUUAAUCCAGUGGUGGUUCUGUUUGUGCUUCUGUUCUCAUUUAUGUGUUUAGGGAUAGUGAUGUUCCUGCCUUCACUAGGAUCCAUGGAUAUGAGACCAUUUUUGGCAUUUCCUGAAGUCACACUGGCAUUUCCAGAAGGCAUCUGGUGCUUUGCUCAGCCUUCCAUGCUGUGCAGCACUUCUGUCCUCAGUCAAGGAGAUGGCCCUGCUUAAGCCAGCAAUUGGCUGGGGGCCAGGAAACAAAGCAAAAACACAAUAUGUGAAUGUGCUGAUUGUGUUCCCUAUGGCUUUAUCUCAAGCAAAAUACACUCUACAUAUUUUAAUAAUAAGUAUAAUUAGCUUGUUCCUGGACUUCAUUUUUCAAUGACGAACCAAAUUCCUGAAUUAUUUAUAAUCGUGUCUAAAGAAAAUUAUGAACUGGUCACAUGGCACUUGGAAUCCUUGAAUUAAUCCCAGUGAAGCAAAACGAGAAGAGUCAGGAUUGGCCACAUUGCCAAUAACAAAUUCCUACUUCAACAUAUGUCUUUUUAAAAAGCCUCCCAGACACAAGACAUCUUAACCAUCACUAGCCCAAGUGUUUUGUAUUACUCAGACACCAUCAUGAAAUAAUUCUGAGGUCAUAAUGUAUUUGAAAAUUCUGCAAGUUAAUAACUGCCUUGAAUUAUUUGAACCCCAAAUAAGGGUUCUUUGGUACCUCUAGUAGAUAGUGUGUUCAUUUCCCUGCUGCAAAUUUUGAAGUAUUUGGGCAAGUGAGUAAUGUUUUAACCACGUGCUGUAACUCAUUGUCGUCUUUGCUUGGUCUUAGAGUGUCAUUCAGAAAGUCUGCUAAGGGCCAGAGUGCUUCUUCUGGCUACACAACCUUCUCAGGACAACCCCACUGUCUUAAGCCACUUUGACCCUGGGAGACACAGGACUGUGUAUCCUCAAUCAUACUAUACAGCAGUUUUUGUCAGGGGAACAUAAAAAUAUCCAAGAGAGGUUAGGGCUUAGAUUUAAAAUUAUCGAAACAACAACAGUGGAAAUUUAUGUUGGAGAUAGCCAAGACCACAAGCAAAAGCACAUACUGAAAAUGAUGAGUUAGAAUCUGAUUUGACUGGGAUGUGGUGUGAGAAUAUAAGUGUGAUAUUAUACUGUCUGCCUUGCUGGAAUGCUGGCUUUCAAAUGGUCACCCAUCUUUCUUUCACUGGCCUGAGUUAGGACAUGCUGUCUAUCAGUAAUAGUCCCAGUUCCAUCCAACUUUCUGAAAUUUCAUUUUUUUUUUUUUUGAGAUGGAGUCUCACUCUGUCACCCAAGUUGGAGUGCAGUGGCCCCGCAAUCUCGGCUCACUGCAAACUCCACCUCCCAGGUUCAAGCUAUUCUACUGCCUUAACCUCCCAAGUUGCUGGGAUUACAGGCAUUUGCCACCAGGCCCAGCUGAUUUUUGUAUUUUUAGUAGAGACAGAGUUUCACCAUGUUGGCCAGGAGGGUCUCAAACUCCUGACCUCAGGCAAUCCACCCCCACCUUGGCCUCCCAAAGUGCUGAGAUUAUAGGCGUGAGCCACUGCACCCAGACAACUUUCUGAAAUUUCAAAACUGAAUUGAUCCUUCUCCAAAUUAGUAUGUAAUAUUGGAAACUUGUCUUUCCCUGCAGUAAGGCUGGUUUCCCCACCCCAGAAACAUGUAAGGGUUGGUACCAUGCUAAGCCUUUACAGUCAUAUCCUAUAAUCCCCAAAUCAACCUUAUAAGGAAGGUGUUUGUAGAUGAUGCAACUGAGCCUUAAGAGGACUGAUUCCCUUUUUCUAAGGCACAGAGCUGGUAAAAUGUGAAGUAAUAGUGAACCUAACAGUCAGAGACAGGCAGCAUGCUCUUAACUAGUGCUCUUCCUAAAGUUCCUUUGAUGUCCUUUUGAGAUUUUGAGCCAUGGAACUUAUUUGUUCACCUGGUUAAGAACUCAUGGCCACUGUGGAAAUCUUGGCUGGGGAGUCAAAGAAACUGAGCCUGGGGCAAACGAGGCUUUCCACACUGCCAGGGAGGCCUCACUGUGAAGUCUAGGCUCAGACAGGCUUCAACAAACCUAUUCACCCCACCAUCAUCCUAACCUAACCAUUUCCCAGUCAUCCUAGGAACAACCACUCACAGCCUGACACUGGGCUGACUUUCUUGAAGACCCUCAUCCAAUUGGUGUUUUUCAGAAGUGUUCCAGUUUUAUGAAUUCUGUGUUGUGGAGAAAAGCAACCAUGCAUUUACUGGUCAAUGCCUUCUUGUAUAUGUAAUUCAAUACUUUUAUUUUUAAUAUCCUCACCUUAUCUAAUCUUUGAAUUUUGUCAUAUAAUUUAUUGCUUCAUUAAGGUUACUUUUUGUUAUACAGAAUAAAAGCUGAUAUCCAA